GCAGCAGCAGAACAAGAGAACAAGGAAGCAACAUGUGCGAACCGUAAUAACUCCAACAACACACAAAGCAGGCGGACGGGCAGGCGCGACGAGAGGAACGCGGACAGAUUCCCGGGGUUUCCACGAAAAGGACGCUUUGUUAACAAAUAAAAAAAAUGAAGAGGGAGGUGAAAGCUGGAGUCGACUUCCUGAAGCGCUUGGUGGUGGCCAGAGGGAAGCUGGAUGAAGCCAAAGCAGAGCUGUUUGCGGAGAAGCUGCAGAAACUUUUGUGUGACAAAUACUGCGACCACUGGUACCCUGACAGCCCCAGCAAAGGCCAGGCAUACAGGUGUAUCCGGAUAAAUAAAGACGGACCUUGCGAUGCGGUGGUGCUGAAGGCCUGUGAGGAGAGCGAGCUCACGGUCAGCAAGCUGAGACUUCCACCUGAGAUAACUCUAUGGAUCGACCCACUGGAGGUGUGUGCAAGGUCUGGGGAAAACGGCAGACCUUUUACAAUAGCUCGCUUCCGUGAAGAAGAGGAGGAGGAGGAGGAAAAUGGGAGCGUAAAGGGGGACCGGGAUGACUCCUCCGUCAACCUGGACACGUCAGAUUACCACUCUGCCACCUCGUCAGAUUGCGGCUCUGCCUCGUCCAGCGACACGGAGGAGGAGGCCAAGGACGGAGAGAGGGAGGAGAACAAGAAGCUGGAGGAGCAUGAGAAAAAGGAGGCAGCAGACGGCAACGCCUACACAGUGACGAUGGUACCCAGAAUCCGGAAGGGGAACGGAGAAGCACUAAAUAAAGUCAGAUACGUCAGAAAGAAGAUUCCUGCCAGCCUCCAGUACUUCUACCAUCCGACACCGGUGUGGUCCCAGUACAAGAAGGGGGCUCCGGUGUUCCUCACCACAGUGUGUGCGUCCCCCGCGCCACCUCCUCCACCGCAGCAAGUUUUUGGUUACUACAUCGUACCGCAGCCGUCUCCACAGUUCAUCCUUCCUCAGGCCGCCCUGCAGCCGUGGGGAGCAGUGAAGGGUUAGAGCAUCUAUCGACCCGGGGAGGGACGGGUGAAGCCUUUAACUGAGCCAUGUAGUGACGAGUCUUUGAGUGUGGCUACACUUGGACCAAAAAGAGUAAUGUUUUAAAAAUUUUAAUUUCUAAAGCUACUUCUUGCACAAUCUUUAACUUUUCUGCUAACUUGUAGGUUUUUUAUAGACAGCACAAACGUACCAUGAAUUUGAGCUAAAAUAUUUUAAUCUCCUAUUGUUUCUGCACUGUAAUUUGUUCUUUGGUUUGUUUUUUUCAUGUACUGUAUUUAUUAGAACGACUUCAAUCACUGGGUGACUGGACCAACUCAGGAACUCGCAGCAAUAUUCUUUAUGCCAAAAGAAGUUAUUUUGUAAUGAUCAUUAACAAACAUAGUUCUCUGUGCACAAAUUACUGCUAACCUCUGUAAAGUACAAUUCAGUUUCUUUAUAUAUUUCAACUACAGCAAGAAUAUCUGUAUAUUAAGAUAAUUAUUUUUACCUAACAGGUCGUAUAUAUUUAACAAUGCAUAUCCACACUUUCUGAACUUUCUAUUUUGUUGUAAUUUAUUUGACCACCAGUAGAUGGCGCUCAAGUGGCAUCAAGUUGAAUUGUUUUAUUUUUUUUUAUGAAAUGGAGCCUCUGUACAUCGCAAAUCUAACUUCACAAAGCCUCUUGCUCCCUGGCUGCUUUUUAAAUUAUUGUAAAUAAUCCUUGUUAUGAUUUGCUGCCGCUGUAUAAAAGAUGGAUUCAAAUCCAUGCUUUCCUCACCAAUUCUGUGAUUUGGAUGAAUAUUUAUUCACUGUUUUGACAGUUUUAAGCUUGUGUGUUUGAUUUGUUUUUACCAUUUGCAGUAAACUUUUACCUCUUUUACUGCAGAUUAAACAAAUUUUACUCUA